AUGUACAGACUUGUCAAAGAUAUUCAUGGACUUUGCUCUAGCAACUGCUGGCAUGUAAUAUAUGCAUUCCCUCUUAUCCUUUGGAACAUACCAAAAGAUUUUAACAUAUACCGGGGGACAUUAAACCAUGAUGGCAAUGCGUUUGUUAUCACCCCGCGACAAGCCACUGUCUCCCGCUUAACGCUAAGCAUUCCUUUGACAGUCGGAAGUACAUUGGGAGCAUUCGUGGGAGUUCUGAUCGGCGUUAAAAGCCAGAACAACCUCUUCUACAGCGUGGUGCAUGGAGCAAUUGCAGGCGCCAUGUUCUUAACUAAUGCCUUCCGACUAUGCAUUUUUUUCUGGCUGUCUGAUGAAUGUUUGUUCAGCAACGUUCUUCAAUCGAUUGACUCAACGACAGAACUCGACGAUGGAGAGCUAGUUCAACAAUUUUCGUAUAGUCUCACCCAGUUGAGAUUGGGGCAAACUCCGGCACAUCCCGACAAUAGGAUCAAUGAAAUCAUAGUAGACCAUGCCAAAGAAUCAAAGCGUUCGUUUGACAUGAUUCAUAGGAUCGGUAUAACGGAGGACCACCUAAUGGAUUCUUCAGGAAAUAGAAACUCCUGCUCGAUAUGCCUUCAGGACUUCGAAUGCCAAGAUGUGGCCAGAAGACUGCCUAACUGUUGCCACCUUUUUCAUUUGCAUUGCAUUGAGAAGUGGAUUUCCAAGCAGAGAUCUUGCCCUUUAUGUAGAAGUCCCAUAGUUCAAGUGAAUUAAUCAGGCUAUGCACGUGAGAGUGAUUGCUACUGAAGGUGCAACUCUUCAAAAAAUACGAGGCACUUAUUGAAGGCACCAACUGAUAGCCUGUAUAAAGAG